AACCCCCAAAAUAGACGAAGAAGAAGCGACAACGCCGAAGAAGAAAAUUCAGCAAUAGUAGAAGAAAUGAUGACAAUAAACAAGUAGUUGUUAGCUGCUACCCAACGCCAAUAAAUAGCAGCAGCAGCAGCAGAAGAAGACGAAACGUGUAAUUGUGUAUGGUUGUCGCGGUUAAUAAAAUCACUGUAAUGAUGUAAUUGAAGUUUUCAGCCGCUCCUUCAUACCAGAAAGCAUCGAGCUGGAUUCGAACGUGAAGGCAAUGAAGAGAGUGGUUAUGAAGUAGAUAGCGAUAACAGUUAAUCAUGUUCAGAGACUUGUAUCCUUUCGUGGAGGACAGCUUUAGCCGCUUCCCUUCGCAGAGUAACAUCUAUGGACUGUGUCAGGCCGGGAGACAGGAGCUGCUUGCUGCUACGCUUAAAGGGAAGGUGGUGAGCUUCACGUACCAGGAGCUGCAACAGAAGAUAAGACCAGUGGCCAAAGAGGUUCAAUUCACCUACAUACCAGUUGAUGCAGAGAUUGUGUCGAUCGAUGCUUUCAUCAAGUCGUCACCCAAAAGAGGCCUUGUGGUGGGCAUCACAUUCAUAAAGGACUCCGGUGACAAAGCCACCCCCUUCCUGAAUAUCUACUGUGACUAUGAACCCGGGUCCGAGUUCAACCUGGAGUCCAUCGCACAGAGUUGCCUAAAUCUGGAGUUGCAGUUUACGCCCUUCCAGCUGUACCACACCGAAGUGCAGAGUGACGAUGGAGGCAGAGAGACUGUUUUUCUUCUCAGUGGCCACGACCAGAGGAUCCACCUGUACAAAGAGAACGCCUCGCUCCACCAAUUUGAAGAGCAGCCAGUGGAGAGACUCUUCCCUGAACUCCAGCAAUUACCCAGCAAUGUGCUGUGGUUGGACAUGCUGAGCAUUGCUGACGACCAAAGACUGUCUGCGUUUGGCUGUCAGAAUGGCUGUGUUGGACUGGCACUGGUCAAACAAUCUGGACCAGAGGUUUUGCAGAGCUGGCGAGUUCAGUUCGACAGUCCAAUUUCCAUUGUGCUGCUGUUUCCUCUUACCUGCCAAACUGAACCUGACCUGCCCGGCAGAGACAAAAUUUUGGGCAAUAAAGAUUACAACCUCCUGGUAACGAGCACCAUAGAGAUGGCUGUCGUCUACAGAAAUGUCCAAGAACGAGGGUUGUCCCGCUCCAUGUGCCUCUCCGAGAGUGAUCAGUGGGACGCGGUGCUUUGUGCCCUCGUCAUUGAUCUGGACUUUGAUGGGGAGAAGGAGGUGCUGCUGGGAACGUAUGGCCAGGAACUUCUGUGUUAUAAGUUCCAGCAUACAGCAGAAGGAGAAGAUGGACACUUUCAGUUUCUGUGGCGACGAAGCUUCAAAAGUCCUCUGCUGUCGAUCAUCUACUUGGACUUGACCGGUGAUGGUUUGAGAGAGCUGGCUGUCCUCACGCUGAAGGGAUUGCAUAUCUUACAGCAUAGUCUCACCAGCACUGCUGAUCUGGUCAUGGAGCGUCUUGCCAAAAGGGUGGCGGCGCUGACGUUUGACCCCAAGUCGGAGUCUGUCAAAGGUCAAGAUACCAAUGAAAAAGUGACUGAAGGGGACCGUACAGUUCAUGCAUCUUUCAAAUAAACAGAUACAGUACUAUGUUACAUCUAAACUGCAGCUGCAUCUCUGUCACCUACCACAUUAGGUACAUUUGAUCAGAUGCAAUACACCUAUCAACAUACCUGCCUUACACUUUACUGUAUAUACAGGUGGCCCUCGGGUUACGAACGAGUUCCAUUCCGAGACUGCGAGUAAGUAAACUUACAUGAAGAGUAAGUGCUCUUAUGCUAGAUGUUUAUCAUUCUAACAGCUAGCAUGUUAGCAUUACUAGCAUGCUAAAAUUAGCAUGUUAGAUUUUUUUUUUUGCUAUUUUCAAAAGACUAAACUUACAUAGACAGUGGUUUCGUGUUAGGUGUUAGCAUGCUAGCAAUGCUAGUUUGCCCCUUUUUUUCAGAUGUUAUCUUACAUUGACACUUAGCACUAUCAUGUGAGGUGUUAACAUUCUUGCAGAGCUGCUGAAAAUGUGAAUUUCUCUUGGAGGUUCAUACAGUGUCCGUCUAUCUAAAAUAUUGCCCCAGGCUAGUCUGGAAGGAUAACCGAUGAUGUUCAUUUUCACUUCCAUAGUGAUGGCGUUCUUUUUCUUUCGCGCACGGCAGUUUGGAAGACACAAUGAAGUGCAAAAGUAUUUAGAAGUGAUGUUAUUCUUCCAAAGUGUGGCUGAGCUGGCACACACUGUAUUCUUCCGCCAGGCAUGAGGCACACACUGCGUGUGCCGCGUAUUAUUCCACCCGUGCACGCUGCAACAGGUUCUCGAGUGGGUCUCGUAAUUUAUGGGAGCUCGUUUGUACCCGCGAAUCGAAUCAUAAUACAAAACACUGUAAGGAGGACCACCUGUAUUUACAAAACAUGAAAGAUAUUUUUCAUUAAAUGGUGCUUCAUCAACUGAAAUGAAAUGUAUUACCCCAUGAAAUGAGCCUGACAGCUAAUUUAAUAUUUUGAAAUGUAUGCAACUUUUGUAUUGAGCUAAUUGGAUUGUUUAGGCCUAGUCUUUACACGUGGCCGUAACUGUUGGAUGCACAUAUACUGGAUGACUAUUAAGGUUAUUAACGUAUUAAUGUUUCUUUUUUGUUUUUUAAUGGUUCAUGGAAACGUAAUUUGUCAAGUUCUCCACUAGAUGGAGUACCUGCUCUUAAUUAUGCUUUUAACCAAAACCACAAAUCCUGCACCUUUUUAUUAUAAUAUUUAUGUACAUUCAUUUUUUUAAAUGAGUACAUAGCUUCCCGACACAACAGACGAGAGAUGGACACAAAUAACAUCAAAGUUAUUCAUAAAAAGUGAUGCAACUGGCAUGCGUGACCACUACUCUACUCACGACUGAAUGAUUACCAUGAAAAAUCACUGCAAGGCUUCCUAAACCUUUUCUGAUCAAGACACAUAUUAUAAAUGGGGUUCCUACCUCAGGACCUACAUUUACAAAAAUACGUCAUUCAUAAAGUUCAUGAAAAACAACACGUUACAAUACAACAAGGUCAUUUGCCAAAAAAUGUCUCAUCCUGCGUGGUGAUGAAUAAAAUACCUUACAGCAACUUAUUCGGUAAAUGAGUUUUUGGGUUUGGGAAAGGUCGAAUUAUAAUACUGAAAUCCAUAUUAACCGCUAUUAAUAAUGAUACCUUUUUGAAGGUAAAGAAUGCAUGGAAUUUAGCCUCAGUGUUUUACCUUGUUAUCUAAUCCACGUGUCGUAAAUGUGGUUACUAGUUAGGAACUACUAUAAGCAUUAAACUUGGAUCAUUAAAAAAAAACAACAAUUUAUGGGGGAGUCAUGAUAGUCGAGUGCAGGCUUUUUUCCAAAUCUAACAUUGUCAGCUUCCUGCCGAGAUGCCCCAAUGUUUAACGGGCUUGAGGUGUAACUACAGUUUUUGAUGGCAUUUCCUGUCGUAUUGUACUAACGGUGGCAUGACUGAAAAUCUUGCAUUUUAGGUUGAAUUUGACAUUGAAUGUGUGACGUUUUCUGUGCUAGCAGAUAUUAGUCGUAGGGGUGUAACGGUACAUGUUUUUGAAUUCGGACUUUUCGGUAUGUUACUUUUGGUUCGGUGUGUACCGAUUUCCCACAGGAUACACACUGAGCGAGCAACAGAAGUGUGCCUCACGUACACGUGUACGCAAUAAACAAAUACAAUACAGCCCAGCCUUCGGCUAGCAGGAGUCAUGGGUAGCGAUAGUGCCAAGAAGAGGCCAGAGCUUGAAAAUCCUGGUUGAAGUCAGUAUGUUGUAUCUAUAUACUGUAUGUAUAUAUUAGGGGUGUCACCCAACUCACAAGACGAGACGAUGAAUGGGAUUGGAUCCACGAGACGAGACAAGAUUUUAACAUUCAAACAAAUUCGGCAUACUGGCUCGUUCGUGUUGAUGGGCUCACUUGGCUCAUUAUUAAUGUUCACGAUGGGGCUGUGGCAUCUGGCUUUGCAAUCAUCUGUUUUCCGUCUAAUUUCUAGUACAUUGAGGCUCCCUUGUUGCACGGUGUGUGUAUGCCCGUGGGCCCGCCUCCCCCCACAGAGACGAAUGAACUGUAUGACUGACAAGAGGUCUGACGCCAUUGUUCUAUGGAACGUGUGUAGUUUAAUUCUAAAAGCCGUUAAAAGGUGUUUAC